CAGAAUAUUGUGUAGGUUUCUUCGUGCUUGCUUUAUUAAUUAUUUUCAAUAAAAAUGCUGAAUACAGUUUGUCGGUCUGUGCGCCUGCAACAUAAAAAGUUAGUUCAAGGUCUCCACAGAGGUUAUCACGUUCAAUCACAUAAUGCAACAUUGCCUAAUCGUUUUAUCGGCCGCUCCUUUGCAUCCGAAGCAGUGCGAGGAGCUGUUGUUGGAAUUGAUCUUGGAACGACCAAUUCAUGUGUUGCUGUGAUGGACGGGAAACAAGCGAAAGUACUUGAAAAUGCUGAAGGAUCUCGAACCACUCCAUCUGUAAUUGCGUUUACCCCAGAAGGAGAGCGACUUGCAGGCACACCAGCUAGAAGACAAGCAGUGACCAAUCCCGGUAAUACAUUUUAUGCAACCAAGCGUCUUAUUGGUAGACGAUUUGAUGAUGCCGAAAUACAAAAAGAAUUAAAAACCUCUACUUUUAAAAUUGUCAAAGCAACUAACGGCGAUGCUUGGGUUGAAGGAACAGAUGGCAAGCGUUAUUCUCCAUCGCAGAUCGGCGCCUUUGUUUUAACAAAAAUGAAGGAGACUGCAGAGAGUUACCUUAAUCAACCAGUCAAAAACGCAGUAGUAACAGUUCCGGCUUACUUUAAUGAUUCUCAACGUCAAGCUACAAAGGAUGCCGGCCAGAUUUCUGGGUUGAAUGUUCUACGUGUUAUCAAUGAACCUACAGCGGCUGCCCUUGCUUAUGGCAUGGAUAAGUCAGAAGAUAAAAUUAUAGCCGUGUACGACCUUGGUGGUGGUACCUUCGAUAUUUCAUUGCUUGAAAUUCAGAAGGGUGUGUUUGAAGUAAAGUCAACAAAUGGAGAUACUCUUCUUGGAGGUGAAGAUUUUGACAAUGUUCUUGUAGAGCAUUUGGUGAAAGAGUUUUUACGUGAUCAAGGUGUGGAUUUAAAGAAAGACAAAAUGGCGAUUCAGAGGGUAAAGGAAGCAGCUGAAAAAGCGAAAAUGGAACUCUCAUCGUCGUUACAAACUGAUAUCAACUUACCAUACCUUACCAUGGAUGCAAGCGGCCCAAAACACAUGAAUUUGAAAAUGUCGAGAUCCCAGUUGGAACAACUUGUUGGUGGAUUGAUCAAACGUACUGUGCAACCGUGUGAAAAGGCCAUUCAAGAUGCAGAAGUGUCCAAGAGUGACAUUGGUGAAAUUAUUCUUGUUGGUGGCAUGACCAGGAUGCCUAAGGUUCAGUUCACUGUUCAAUCUAUAUUUGGAAAGCAAGCCAGCAAGGCCGUGAAUCCUGAUGAAGCUGUAGCAAUGGGGGCUGCCAUCCAAGGUGGUGUGCUUGCUGGAAAUGUUACGGAUGUCCUUCUACUUGAUGUGACACCUCUGUCCCUUGGUAUUGAAACUCUCGGCGGCGUUUUUACUAAAUUGAUCACACGUAACACUACAAUUCCAACUAAAAAAAGCCAGGUCUUUAGCACCGCUGCUGAUGGUCAAACACAAGUAGAAAUUAAAGUCCAUCAAGGUGAAAGAGAAAUGGCUCUUGACAACAAAAUGCUCGGACAAUUCCAACUCGUCGGUAUUCCACCAGCACCCCGCGGUGUCCCCCAAGUUGAGGUUACUUUUGAUAUCGAUGCCAACGGCAUUGUGAAUGUGUCUGCCAAAGACAAGGGAACUGGAAGAGAACAGCAGAUUGUAAUCCAAUCAUCAGGAGGACUUAGCAAGGAUGAAAUUGAAAACAUGAUCAAACGAGCAGAAGAGUAUGCGGAGGAAGAUAAACAGAGAAAAGAAAAAGUUGAAAUUGUCAAUCAAGCAGAAAAUGUUAUCCAUGACACAGAGACCAAAAUGGAAGAGUUCAAAGAUCAACUUCCACAGGACGAGUGUGAGCAGAUCAAGGAAGAGAUCACCAAAGUGCGCGAGAUCCUUGCCAACAAAGACACACAGUCGGUUGAAGUAAUUCGUGAAGGCUUCUCCGGUUUGCAACAAAAGAGCUUGAAACUUUUUGAAAUGGCGUAUAAAAAGAUGGCUGCUGAGAAAGAACAAAGUGGAGGAAGCUCGGAAAGUUCUUCGCAAGAAACUUCUUCAGAUUCAUCAGAUGACCAAAAAAAGCAACAGCAAUAAAAUAAACUAUUUUUAAAAUUCUUCCACUUAAGAAAUCCAAUAUGUUGUAUGACGCUAACCAUGGCAUUUGGUGUACAAACUAUCAAACAACCUGUAACUAUCACUUAAUUUUUACCAAUUGCAAAAGUUGGAUGUUGGCUUUGCUUUGGGUGUACUUUUUCAUUUCUCACCUGUACUUAAAAGUGCACUCACACAAAUGGUUUAUUCUAUAGUGUUAAAGCUGCUUUUUACUGUUAAAGUUUCAAUUGUUUGAACAGUUAUACCUUUGUUUUAAAUACAAAGUAGUUCUCAUGUUUAUAAGAAAAAGUCAUGGUAUCACGCUACCUAUUAAAUUAUCCACAAAACAAAAUACAAUCACCAAAUUAUAUUUUCCUAUUCGAAUUUGCAACAGUGGUAGUAUUGUGUACAUGGUUAUAUUUUAUUUGAUUCAACGCCAAAACCAGAAAUACGUUUCAUUGUAUUUAGUGUAUAAAAACUUUUUGUUGCAAGAAAUUGGUAAUUACUCUUAGUUCACAAUAAGUCCACAAAAUAUAAGAAUUUAACACACAACUGUUGUAAAUCUAAUGUUGGCCAAUUUUGUAAACUCUUUUCAACUGUAAUUUAG